GUCUUUUUUUGAACAUUAUUUUGGCAUCAUGGGCAAGUCAAAUCUUGAAUUGGUUAUUGAGUGCGAUAGAUUUCCGUACUACCAAGAUAGCCCCGCAUCCUAUCUUGAACAUCUGAAGAACUACCAUGUUUUCAAGGUCGCCGGCUGCGAUGCUACUCUCGGAUAUAUUCUGAACUCGACAGUAGAGCGGUUCGACUUGCCCUCGGAAUGGUGGGCAAUUGACUCCGACAACCGGAGCGUCACCCUCCUUGCUCCGGCCGAUGCGACUCCUCAACAGCGCAGCGAGAUCAUGGCCAAGACGCUGAAUAAGGCAGUGGAGCUGGGAACAUUUGACAUUCUUAAAGGAUGGCGCAAUGAGAUGUAUCCUAUCUAUGGACCAGGUGGGAAAUUCCUCUUGGAGAUGGAACGAUCUGCUACCCCGCUAUUCGGUGUCGUCUCGUACGGCGUGCACUCCACGGUUUACGUGGAGGAUGAGAAUGGUCUACGCAUCUGGGUGCCCAGGCGUUCGAGAACCAAGCAGACAUACCCCGGUAUGCUUGAUAACUCCGUGGCGGGCGGUAUGAGCACCACAGAGCACCCAUUUGAAUGUCUUGUCCGUGAAGCGAUGGAGGAAGCCUCUCUGCCGGAAGACGUUGUCAGGGCUAAUGCCACUCCGGCCGGAUGUGUCACGUACACAUAUGUCCGGAGUGCAAAGGCUGGAGGCGAAACGGACCUGGUGCAGCCAGAGGUCGAAUAUAUCUUCGAUGUCAAGGUCGGGGCCGAUAUUAUCCCCAAGCCUUGCGACACCGAAGUCGAAGAGUUCAAGCUUUUCACUAUCGAAGAGACGAAGCAGGCAUUAGCUAAUGGGGAGUUCAAGCCCAACUGUGCCGUUGUAUUGAUCGACUUCUUCGUCAGACAUGGUAUUUUGACCCCGGAGAACGAGCCGGACUAUCUUGAAAUCAUCGCACGGAUGCAUCGACGCUUGGAGUUCCCGACCGCAUCACACGUGACGGUAUAAAUUACAGCUGACUCGCAUAUAUGGAAUCAGAAAUGUGUUGUGAAGCAAGAUUUAAUGUUCUAUUUGAUAUACCCUAUCACCAAUCAAACGCCG